CUAGGACGUAGGUUUUCACUCUGGCAGCACUCUUCAGCUAGGCCCGGUCGGGAAAGACUUGCUUCCCUGUGUGUGAGCUUCUGUGUUGGACCCAUCUUGAUAACCUCUCCAAACAUUCACAAUGGCGGAAGAGGCAAUAAAAUCCAAAAAGGAUGAGCCGAAGCGUGCUCAGCGCGCACCGUCUAACGUGUUCGCCAUGUUUCGUCAAGCACAAGUACAGGAGUUCAAGGAGGCCUUCACAAUGAUCGACCAGAACCGUGAUGGAAUCAUCGACAUUGAGGACCUCAAGGAUAUGUACUCCAACUUGGGUCGUAUCCCGCCCGAUGCCGAGUUGAACGAGAUGCUGAAGGAGGCUCCAGGACCCCUCAACUUCACCAUGUUCCUCAACCUCUUCGGAGAGAAGCUCAGCGGUACCGACCCCGAGGACACAAUCAGACAAGCCUUCUCCAUGUUCGAUGGUGAUGGAAAAGGAUACAUCCCCGAAGAGUACCUGAAAGAUUUGCUCUCAAACAUGGGUGACAACUUCACAGCUGAGGAGAUCAAACAGACAUGGAAAGAGGCCCCCUUGGAAAAGGGCAAGUUUGACUACGGCACCUUUGUAGGCAUCUUGAAGGGCAAAGAGGAUGAAGGCGAAUCUUAAAAAGCCUCCUAUUACACAUCUUAGUUUACCCCCCUCUUCUCAUGAUCCCAAAGUGCCCCUUAUGUCCAGUUCACCCAAAGUCCUGGUUUCGGUUAGUCAUAAUAUGAUACCAGUCGAAUGUUUCGGUUGAAAAUUAUGUUGCGUGUUUGAAGAAAUUAUUUUGGUGUUUCUACGCUGGUGAAUUUUGAUGAAAAGCAUUCUUUUCGUUCCCGACUUAGGUUCAAGAGAUGAGGGCACAAUCGUGAUAGCUAUUAACGUUUUUGGUGUUUUAGCAUUACCCAAAUUUCCUGUGGAAAUAUCCCAGGCCAAAGAGUGCAUACCAUUCCAUAUUCACGAAUACACCUCCCGAGCAUUCUUGCCUCGCCUACCCAGAGCAAUCUGGAUAUGGCACCCACACUCUCUGUUGCCGAGUACGACUCGACACUAAAGCUGUUCCAAAAAACAGAGGGUGUAUUUGGUUUGUGUCAAACAACACCAGUGCAUUCUGAGGUUGGCGGGUAUUUAAAUCUUGAAAAGAAUGCUAACGAAGGAGGGCAGAAUUGGAUCUUGUUGAUGAGAAGCUGACAACGAGGGACCAUAAAACUGCAACCAUCAAGUUUUUAUAUUAUAAAGAGAUAACAGACGCGGUUCUGCAAGGAUAAUAAUACAAACAUCUCACUACUGUACCACGGGACCUACCAUCAACUUUAGCAGACCGCUAUCUCAACGUCAGCUUCUAAACAGACCUUUUCUGUCGCUUUCGACACUUUGCGAGGUGCUUUAUAAUCUGUUGGCCUGGGAUGUUUUUCAAAUGAAUAUGUUCAAUUUACGAACCAACAUUCGCGCAAAAAUAUGGAAUUCUUAAACAGUCAAGAACAUAAUUCAUAAGUUACUGUAAAGCACCCAUUACGAAGUCUCUCUAUAAAAUAACCCAAUUCCCCUUUGUUUUGUGUCGUUUUCAAACGUUUCUUUUCUGUUCCUAUGGCUUACCGUGUCAAGUAUGAAUGAGCUCUAGGAAUGGGGAGGUGUGAUUUGUAGAAGCUUAUAGACUUGUGACAUCCUAGUCAAUUCUUUCCUUUCUCUGUUGGUAUUUUUUUGUUUACAUUUUUUUAAACUUUGUUUUUGACAGACGCCUCGUUUCAUUCUCGGGACUGAAGCAGGCGUCUUAAACGUUCAUCUCGAUGCUGUGUAAAAAGAAAGAAAUAUUUUUUUUGUAUUAUACAGUAUGUACAAGUCUGACCUGUCAUGUUCUCUUCAUUGAUUAACUUUGUAAUAUUUAUAUAUGGAGACAAAUCAUUCAUGAAACUGUAUUGCUCCAUGUUACAUUUGCAAGAAAUUCAAAGUGUCCGGGCGGCGUGUGAGAUAGGCUGGCAACCAUGAUAGUGGCCGUGUGCACGUCUACGGGGCCUCCCCACACCAUCUCGGGGGUCCUUUAUGCAUGGUUAAACCAUGUGGAGUGUUCCUGCGUCCUAUUUAUUUUGAUAAAAACCUCUGUGCACAGA